AUGCCGACGCAGCUGCUCGUGUCGGUCACCCCGGCCAUCCGCGCCUUCCUGCUGGGCUGCGGCGAGGAGGGAGCGGCGGAGCGCGCGGAGCACGACGCGGUGGACAUGGACGAGCUCUACAGGAUCGCGGGCAGCAUGCGGGGCCGCCAGGGCGUGGAGGCCCCCCGGAUCCACGAGCUGCUGGAGGGGGCGGAGGUGCUGGAGAGGCGGCGGGCGCCGGAGCCGGAGCCGCUGUCCGAGGUGCAGCGGAUGCGGCAGGACCAUCGGUCGUCUGAGGGCGCAUGGUCUCGGGCGUGUCCUUCGCCCGGGGGAAGGCCAGCUCCACGCAGAGCGGCGACCUGUCGUCGGGCUUCAAGUUUGCAACGAACUUCGCCACGCAGGUCAUCGUAG